GAACAAGUACCUUAUUUUUGCACUACCUCCAGAAAAGUAAGCCUUCCAAGGUCUAAUUUUUAUCUACACGCUGCACAUUAUAUUGUUUACUCGUCUCCACUUCUAUUUUAGUAAUAUGGUGUCUUCUGAUAAUGCAGGUUACGAUAAUCAGGAUUGGUUCAUCCCAUCUCCCGCCCUGGAAAUAGACGAGGCCGAUUUGAAGUUGUCACCGGAUCAGAUCCGAGAGACAUUGAACUAUUUCCUUCUAUGUAGCAAUCGCGUGAGCCAAAUGACCAAGACCUACGAUGACAUAGAAGCAGUCACUAGGCUUCUGGAAGAGAAAGAAAAGGACUUGGAACUGACAGCAAGGAUCGGUAAGGAAUUGCUCGCUACCAACAAUAAAUUAGAAAACACUGUUGCCUCCUUAGAGACAGAUCUUAAGGCUGCUCAUGAAAAAAUCACACAACUUAGCCAUGAAAUUCAUAAGAAAACGGAACUUAUACAGAUACUUACCAAUGAUAUGGACGAAUCCUGUUUCGAAAAUGGGUCUUCGGGAAGGAUAAAUUUGGAACUGAUGAAUAAAAGGAUAUCCUCUUUGGAAGAGGAAAAUAAAGCACUGAAGACAGAAUAUUGCCGACUAGCAUCAUGUGCCGACGAUAUCGAAGCUCAAGAAGCUAGGCUCUUGAAAGAUUUAACAGGGCAGCUGUCAUGUGCGAAUUCAAGUAUGGGGUACCUAGAGGAUGAAAUUGAAAGAACGAAAGAAGAAAGUAGGAUGCAGCACGAACAGAUUUUAGCUCUGCAAGCCCAAUUGAAUAAUACCGAAGAUAAAUUGCGCAAGGUGGUAAGUGAGAACGAAGAGUUAAGCGGCCUUCUUCAAAUAACUAAGGAAAACCAAGGCAGCUUAGCUGUGGAACUAUCAGAAUUUAAAGCGCGUUAUUACGAGGUUGAGGCGUUGCUGCGGGAUGCCCAGGAACAAAUUCGUAAACUCAGGAAGCGGCAGAUGCCGGGUGCCAGAAUUUCCUUAUUUUCUUCUCUUGGCCAAACCAACGCACCGUAUGAUAGUCUGCAAAGCGAACUGGAAAUGUCCAUGCAUUCCGAGCUUAGUACGGACUCGGGAAUAUCAAAUUCCGACAUUGUGCCACAGUACAAGAAAGUGUUCGAAACGGUGAGGUGCGCGUCACAGAGUUCCCUUAGUAGCGGAGACAGUUUCGGUAGCUUCCAUUCCAGUAUAGGCGGUUAUGUGAGCAGUUCGAGCAUGGCAGGUGCUGGUCCACGAAUGAGCAUAAAAUCACAAUGCGGCACCGACCUAAGACGGUUGUCCGGGUCAAUAUACAGCAGUAGUUCUCUGGGAUAUCCUAGCCUCGAUUCUACCGGCCAUUCUGAUACCGAAUCUAGUCAGACUGACUCAGAGGAUGGAUAUCCCUCCUUCUCUCAUAGUGGUGGCCCGCAGAAGGGUGUACCUGGAGUUCCCGGUGCUACGGAAUUGGAGGCAGCACUCAAAAGGCUGACGCCAGCAGAGGUCCUUGCAAGACGUGCCAAUUUACAACAUGGACCAGCGUAUGGCGGGUACGAAGGUGACACUUACCUUCCAUUCGGUUGUCGAACUCCAGACAGUUUGAUGUCUACCGGCUCCAGUAACUACCAGGGUUGGAAGUUACCUGAGAAGCUGCAGAUAGUAAAGCCCAUGGAAGGAUCUCAGACUUUGCACCAGUGGUCGCAGCUCGCCCAGCCCACUUUUGGUGGUAUUUUAGAGGAAAGGCCGGGCGUUAAAAUUAGAGUUGGCAAAGAAUUGGAAGAACUGGGCUUGGAAUCGUACGCGUUAAGCGACUUAGAGGAAGACGAGGAAUUUUCAAACCCCGGAAAGAUGUUUGAGACUUCCGUACAUACGUACACGUAUACGAACAGCACUAUAAUGCAUCCGGAUGACGGGACCUUCGUGACGCCCAGUAAUCGGGCAAGCAGGGUGGCCUCGGUGUGUUCUAGUAUACAAAAUUCGCCACCGCAGACGCCAAGGGGACUCAGCAGGCGGAACUCGUGUACUACGUUCUCGACCACUUUGGGACUCGCCAAAAUGCUUAACGAAAGAGGCAUCAAGGCAGUUACGCCCUCUUGCGUAAACACGCCCAGUGGGGUAAACAGUUUUACCCCUACCGCCACCCCCCACAACAGCCCGGACAGUACUCCAUCGUCGACGAGGUGCGGGUCUCCCGAGCCCUACGAAAGCUUGAGCUUGCCUCAGCUCAUCCUCAGCUCCGUUCCGCAAUUCCUCAUGGGCACCGUCGGUGGCGGGGCCAAGAAGAAGACCAAACGGGGCAAGCCUGGAAAGCAAGAGACAAGAACAAGCACUGUGGUGUGGGAAAUUUGAAUCCGGAAUCCACCAAAAUACUAUGUUGUUACCAAUUAAAGUAUUACACUAAUUAAUAUGUCAAGAAUUAUCCAACAGCUUAAUAUUGUAAAUAAAAGUAAUUCUGGUGUCUUAACUCGAACGAUUAUUUGCAUACAUUUUUUUGUGCUGCUACGUAACAUGUCAGGCAGUUAAUUUAUUAGCGUAAGCGUUUUGCAAGGGAAUUGUGCAUGAUCGGUGUUAGACACCAGGAUUGUGUAUGAGAGAACUUUCUACCAUUAACUAACAAUUGUUUUUCUAACACAUUACUUUUACAGUUACUUCAACUUCUUCAAUAUCUUUUGCUAUUCUCUAAAAACCAAGUAAGUUAAAUUCGUAUCUAUCAAUUAUUAAUACCCUUGUUUAUAUAUUUAUAUAAUGGGAUGCUGAAUAAGUUUUCAUUGUUUUUUCUUGAAAAUUAAUGCUUUGUUUAAAAAAAUCGGUAAAAAACAUGUCACUGAAAACUGGAAGUAUUGUCCGUCGCUAGCCACUACUUUUUCCCAUCUUUCUGGUAGCAUUUUCAUUCCGUGUCGGAGAAACAACAUGUCUUUUGAGGCUAUCCAAGUGUUGACACAUUUUUUAGCAUCUUCUAAGACUGGAAGUGCCAUUGAUCAGAACAAGUGAUAAUCUGGUGAAUAUGGCGAAUGUGGUAGGAUUUCGCAUUUAAGCGUUUCGACGGAUAUUGCAACAUCUGGGCGAGCGUUGUCAUGCUGCAAAAUCACUUUGUCAUGUCUCUACUUAUAUAACGACUGUUUUUCUUUCAAUAGUCGGCUCAAACAUAUCAGUUGUAGUGGAUAACGGUCUUCCAUGAUAUCCCAGUAAAUGAAAUUUGUACACAUGUAAUCAAAAGGUAAUUCGUUUCAGAUUGAAACUUGAUUUAAUAGUUAGUUUAGGCAAAAAUAA